AUGAGUACAUGGAGAAGGCAGUGGACCAAAGAGCAUGGCCGCAGACUCGACCACGAAGAGCGCACCCGGAAGCGGAAAGCACGAGAAGGCCACGAUGCGUCCGAAAAGGCACAGAACCUGCGAGGCCUGCGAGCCAAACUGUACCAGCAGAAGCGACAUAAAGAGAAGAUCCAGAUGAAGAAGCAGAUCCGCGCGAAGGAAGAGCGCAAUGUUAAGGGCGCCGAGGCCCAGCCCUCCACUACGCCACUGCCUCAGUACCUGCUCGACCGCAGCAAUGAGACGAACGCGAAGGCGCUGAGUAGCGCGAUCAAGAACAAGCGCGCUGAGAAGGCGGCGAAGUUUUCGGUACCGCUGCCAAAAGUCCGGGGUAUCUCGGAGGAGGAGAUGUUCAAGGUUGUGAAGACGGGCAAGAAGACGGCGAAGAAGAGCUGGAAGAGGAUGAUCACGAAGCCAACGUUUGUCGGAGAGGGCUUCACACGGCGUCCCGUAAAAUUCGAGCGCUUUAUCAGGCCUAUGGGCCUGCGCUACAAGAAAGCAAACGUCACACAUCCCGAACUCGGCGUUACGGUCCAGCUGCCCAUCCUGGGCGUCAAGAAGAACCCGCAAAACCCAAUGUACACGCAACUGGGCGUGCUGACGAAAGGCACUGUCAUCGAGGUCAACGUCUCAGAAUUGGGCAUAGUAACUGCCGGAGGUAAAGUCGUGUGGGGACGGUGGGCACAAGUAACCAACAACCCUGAGAACGAUGGGUGUUUGAACGCGUAA